CUGUUAGAUUAUCACUGAGCAGCGACUCGAGUGAAGCAGCAUCAUGUCUGGUCGAGGGAAAGGAGGCAAAGGAUUAGGCAAAGGCGGAGCAAAGAGGCACCGCAAAGUGCUUCGCGAUAACAUCCAGGGCAUCACCAAGCCAGCUAUCCGCCGCCUGGCUCGGCGUGGUGGGGUCAAGCGGAUCUCGGGUCUGAUCUACGAGGAGACCCGCGGGGUGUUGAAGGUUUUCCUGGAGAAUGUGAUCAGGGACGCGGUCACCUACACCGAGCACGCCAAGCGCAAGACGGUCACUGCCAUGGAUGUGGUGUACGCUCUGAAACGACAGGGCCGCACUCUCUACGGGUUCGGCGGCAGGAGAAUGGCCCGGACCAAGCAGACAGCGCGUAAAUCGACCGGAGGGAAAGCCCCUCGCAAACAGCUGGCGACCAAAGCGGCGCGGAAGAGCGCUCCAGCCACGGGCGGAGUGAAGAAGCCUCAUCGCUACAGGCCCGGCACCGUGGCUCUGAGGGAGAUCCGGCGCUACCAGAAAUCCACCGAGUUGCUCAUCCGCAAACUGCCCUUCCAGCGCCUGGUGCGGGAGAUCGCUCAGGACUUCAAGACAGACCUGCGCUUCCAGAGCCCGGCCGUCAUGGCCCUGCAGGAGGCCAGCGAGGCUUACCUGGUGGGGCUCUUUGAGGACACCAACCUCAGCAUCAUGUCUGGUCGAGGGAAAGGAGGCAAAGGAUUAGGCAAAGGCGGAGCGAAGCGGCACCGCAAAGUGCUUCGCGAUAACAUCCAGGGCAUCACCAAGCCAGCUAUCCGCCGCCUGGCUCGGCGUGGUGGGGUCAAGCGGAUCUCGGGUCUGAUCUACGAGGAGACCCGCGGGGUGUUGAAGGUUUUCCUGGAGAAUGUGAUCAGGGACGCGGUCACCUACACCGAGCACGCCAAGCGCAAGACGGUCACUGCCAUGGAUGUGGUGUACGCUCUGAAACGACAGGGCCGCACUCUCUACGGCUUCGGCGGCUAAAUAACUACCCCCUUUAUUCCAACACAAAACAAAGGCUCUUUUAAGAGCCGCCCA